AUGAAACUUGUAUGCUCGAUUUACAUUUUGAUUGUGGUUUUAGCGGAGAAUAAGACAAUAUUAUUUUACAAGGACAAAUUUUUGGUUCGAUGUAUCGCCAAUAUAAAAGAAAACGAGCUCGUCUACCUGUCACAGAAAUUAAAUCCCUUAGAAUGUUUACAACUUAUACAAGCUAUAUACGAAAUAACUCCAGUAAGAGCGGAACGUAACGUGAGAAAGCACGAGAUUCAACGAGAAGACUUAAGUCGUGUGCCAAUUACGUCGAAGGAAUGUCUUCUUGAUCUUGAACAAUGGGGCAAUGUUUUUCCAACAAAUAUGAUACCUAAUGGACGGGCAGCAAUGGAAAUGACGUUAAGAUGGUUAGGGCGACCCGAUCUGGCAAAGUAUGUGAGAGAAAAUCCCAGAAUGAUUAAAUCCCUUAACACAGGGGAUUACGAUACAGCAGAUACGUUAGGAUUUCUAGGACACAGAUUGUCGAGAAGGCAUACUUCAGAAACGGACAAAAAUUUACACAAUUAUGCAAAGAGGAAGAAAAAGAAAAAGAGAAAGAAAAAGAAAAAACGUGUGCGUCAUGCACAUAAAGAAUGCGAUCGAAAUAUGCAAAAUAAAAGAGUUCAAAAGGGAAUGGUAGCAGCAGCACAUACUCUUGUAAUUUUCAUUUCUUUUAGCGAGGAGAACCAUAAAUUAAAAAAGAAAGAAAAUCAUCGCUCAAAGAAGACUAACUCCAUCGCGCACACAUCGGUCUGGUGUUUACUUUUGUUCAUUCUAUUCUUUAUUAUCAUUUGCCUUGUCGCUGUCUACAUCUAUUACAAGCGAAAUGUUCCGAAGGCACGCGGUACGCGAUUCAAGUACGUCUGGGACGAAAAUAAGAAGGAUAAGGAUACCUUCACUGAUUGCUUGGAAUGGAACGACGAAGACGUAUGUGCUUGUUCGGAUAUUGAGGAAGCUUGCACGGGAAAAUGUGAAAUAUGUGAUCGAAAUUAUCAAACACAGUAUGUAGCGGAUCAUCGAAUUUGUACUGACGAUUCUAUCAAAAGUGUGAGUUGUGUGCAUGAACCGAAGAAGGAAGAAAAGAAAAGACAACGGUUCAGCUUCUUUCAGAGAAGCUGUCAGAAAAAGGAAAAGGAUCAGGAAAAUCGGGAUAGGAAGAAAAUUUUGGAGAACGUAGCCGCGAAGAAAUGUGAAAAAAUACCGCAAAUUGUUCAAAAGGAUCAAUGUAAAUGCUGUAGAUGUACCUUGAAUUCUAAAGACAGAAUAUUACGUGAGAAGAGAGAAAUACGCAAGUGGAAAGCAAGGAGAAAGAAGGAAGAAAAGAGAAGGAAGAAAGAAGAAUCAAAGAGAGCAAAACAACUCGCAAAUGUAUGUUUCAAAGAGACAUGUAAAUAAACUACUAUUGCAUUUGUUAUUUGAGUGCUUUAAAUAUUACUUAAAAACAAGUAUUUAAAAUAGUUGAGUGGAAAAAAGAAGGAAAUAAGGAAAUUUAUUGGAGAAACGUCAUAGAAAUAUUAAGAUUCGAUUAAAUACUUAAUAGAAAUUAAUGAAAGUAAAAAUUUAGUAUUACUACGCUAAUAUAUUUUAUUCCAGUAUUAAUACUAUUAUAUAAUGUGUAUUAUUGCAUGUGUA